UUGCUCAGAGGCGGCGUGGAUUUUCGCCGUCCCAUCUGCUGCUGCUUUUGGGAGAGGACAACCGGGCUCGUUCCCCUGGCCGAAACCCGUUCCUCACUGUCGCGAAACACAAAGGGAAACGCUGCACGACUGGAAAGUAGCUGCGAGGGCUCGGUGGAGCCUCCUGUUUCAGUGGCACGCUACCCCAGAAUUUCUGUUCGUGGCCUUUCCGGGGUUACCCCGCGUGUCAUACUGAGAUGACGGGUCCUGCCAGACUAAGAUGAGCUUUUGGACGAAUGCAGACUCUGCUGAUGACCUGUUCGACAACAAAUACAAGAGUUUGGUGUCCUUGGGAGUUUGACAGAGUCAGGGCACGAAACGGCCAGGUUUUGGAAACUGUUGGAAACUGCCAAGCAAGUGGCAGGACUGCUUGAAAAGGGAUGUGUGCAAAUAUCGAGAAGGAUGCGAGGUUCGGCUAUUUUGACACUCCUGUUAGCUGGAUACCUGGCCCAACAGUAUUUACCUAUGCCCACACCAAAAGUAAUUGGAGUUGACCUCGGCACCACGUACUGUUCGGUUGGCGUGUUUCUUCCUGGCACAGGGCAGGUGAAAGUGAUUCCAGAUGAAAAUGGACAUAACAGUAUCCCAAGCAUUGUAUCAUUUACUGAGAGAGAUGUGUAUGUGGGAUAUGAUGGGUUAGAGUUGGCAGAUGCAAAUCCCCAGAACACUGUGUAUGAUGCCAAGCGGUUUAUAGGGAAGAUCUUCAUGCCAGAGGAGCUGGAAAAGGAAAGCAGCAGAUACCCAUUUAAGAUAAUUAACAACAAAGGAGCUGCUGAAUUUUCUGUUGUAACCAAUGAGACUUAUAAUGUGACACCAGAACAUAUUGGUUCUCAGCUUCUCUUGAAAUUGAAAAGAAUGUCAGAAGACUAUCUUGGAAUGCCAGUUUCCAAAGCAGUUAUUUCUGUGCCAGCAGAGUUUGAUGAGAGGCAACGAAAUUAUACAAUCAAGGCAGCUAGCCUUGCAGGACUGGAAAUAUUGCGAGUAAUUAAUGAACCCACAGCUGCUGCAAUGGCAUAUGGUCUCCACAAGGCUGAUGUGUCCAAUGUUCUGGUAGUAGAUUUGGGUGGAGGCACAUUAGAUGUCUCUCUGCUGAACAAGCAAGGAGGGAUGUUUUUGACACGUGCUAUGGCAGGUAACAACAAACUUGGGGGACAGGACUUCAAUCAACGGUUGAUGCAGUAUCUCUAUAAUGAGAUCUUCCACAUGUAUGGCUCUUUACCGUCCAAGAAGGAAGAAAUACACAGACUCAGACAGGCUGUAGAAGCUGCCAAACUAAACUUGACAAAUCACAUCUCUUCCACAAUCAGAGUUUCUCUUACGAUUCCAGAGAAGAAAGACCAACAUGAACAUUUCCAGGAAGAGAACACAAUAACUAGCAAACAUGAGGAUUUCCCAUCAGAAAUAGAACCUGGGAUGAAAGAUGGUAGGAAGGAAACCUUUUCAGAAACACAGAGCAAUAUUUGGAAAAAUGUUCUCUUUGAAACCAAAAUUUCUCAGAAACUCUUUGAAACAUUAAAUGAGGACCUUUUUCAGAAGAUCCUUGUGCCCAUUGAGCAGGUAUUGAAGGAUGGACAUCUAGACAAGACUGAAGUAGAUGAGAUUGUAUUAGUUGGAGGCUCCACUAGAAUUCCAAGAAUACGUAAAGUUAUUACAGAUUUUUUUGGGAAAAAACCCAACACGUCUGUUGAUCCAGACCUAGCAGUGGUAAUAGGGGUAGCUAUCCAAGCAGGAAUUGUUGGGGGAUCUUGGCCUCUUCAAGUUAGUGCUGUGGAAAUCCCAAACAGGCAUUUACGAAAGAGAAAUUUUGACUGAGCUUCAGUGUUCUUUCAGUUCAAUAACUACGCAAAAUUCUGUUUGUCCAAACAUAAUUCCAUUUGCAUGGUACUGGACCAUUCAGUGUCUGUUCUUUCUAUUCUAAGGGGUUAGACAUCUGAAAUAUAAGAAAUUCUUUAUUUCUUCUUGAUUUGGAGGAAAGUAUGUUCUCACUUACAGCCAGCAUUCAGGAGUGUAAGAAUUUCAUUCCACUCAACCCCUUUAAUAAUGAACAAACCUCAAGACUUCAUUACUUGAAAAUAGAAUGAAUUAGUUCUAGAGUAAUGAUGGAGAUAGUGUUGGCAUUGGAUCCUGGCUUUUCCCAGGAGCAUGUAUUGACUGCCUGGUCUGGCACAUAGCAGUAUUAAUGCAAAAGUUCAUCAAAAUGGUGUAUGAAAGCACUUUUCUCAAUGUUGCAUUCAAGCUUGAAUGUUUUUAGAUCCUGUUAUCAAAAUUCCCUGUCUAAUGUGUUCAUUAAUACAUAUGGGGAGUUAUCACUGCUUUAAACCUCUUAAUAUUUCCUACUUUGAGACCGUAAGAGGCAAUGGUUUUCUGUGGGGAUACCCCAUUAGGGAAAGAUGCUAAUGGGUAUGCUAAAUGGACACUAUCACUUAGAAAUCUGGACUUGACGUAGUUGGGUUGUGAUACCAAGCUACUGGUUAGUGUUAUUAUACAUGAGCAUUGAGCUCAUACACUCCCCUGUCCCAUGGCAUGGAGGAUGCAAGGUUUUGCUUUCCAUUCUCACUUAAAUGCAGUUUUAGUGUUAUAUAGAGUUUUUAAACUGUACUUAAUUGUAACUAUGGCUUUAGGGUAUAAACCACUGCUUGAAACUGGUUUGUUUCAGUAAGCUGUAGUGAAGGUUAGCUGAAAGCCAUGCCUGAGGUAAAUGGAAGGGGCGAGCAUGAGCCUGAAGUUAAUGUUUCCCUCAGUCAGGGCUGUGGAAUGUGUAACUCUGCAGAAGUUGUGACUCACAUCAGCCCUGGAGUUGUACACCAAUAAUAUCUAGAAGAUUAUGAGUUAUGCACCACUGCUCUAAACCAUUUUUAGGACUAAUCCUUCAAAAAGAGUCAGUGUAUGAACCUUGGCCUAAUGGUUGACUUCCAGUUUUAAUGCCUUGAUACUACUAGUUAUUCCAUAAUGCAAAUAACUAUCCAUGUUUUAGUUGUCUGUUUAUGUAGUUCAGAAAACAGCUUUAAAUCAUUCCAUUUUUUAAAAAAAUCCUUUGAAGUGGCAUAUUCAGUCAAUGCUUUGAUAGAGAGAAAUAUUCUGUGAUUUUUGAAAAGACAAUCCUCCAUGCUUGCUAAUGAUAAUAUUAGUAUUUUCCAGCUGUUGCUGUUAGUAUUGAAGAAAACAUCUCACCAUUUGCUGUUUAUUUUAGAUUUGCUUUCAAGUGUGCAACCUAGGGAUUUCUCUCUAAUUCUUACUGUCAAAAAAGAAAAUAUUAAAAUUGCAGUGUUGGACUAUA